GAGCAACUGAGUUGGAGCCAGUCUCACAGAGAUAUGAUGAUGAUGAUCCAAGAAAUGAAAAGGUGUUUGCCUGAAGAGAAAAGGAGUUCCAGCAAGCCCAGUACCAUCAGUGCUCUGAACUAUGCCUUGCAGUGUGUCCAGCAAGUCCAAGCAAACAAUGACUUUUUCCGGGCUCUGAAUGACAGAAGAGUAUUUCAGACAGAUGUGGUGACAUAUAGCAUAGAAGAGUUGGUGGCAGUUGCAUCUGAACACACUCCAAAAAACACUGACACAUUUGUGGCUGUGUUUUCUUUGCUUUCUGGACGCAUAGUGCAUAUUUCUGAGCAGGCAGCAUCUAUUCUAAACUGUAAGAAGAAAGUGUUGGACUCCUCCCGGUUUGUAGAGCUGCUUCUCCCUCAGGAUGUGAGUGUGUUCUACACACACACUGAUCAGUCUCACCUGCCGCUUUGGAACAUGGAAACUCAAACAGCUUCUCUGUAUGAAUAUGCCCAGGUGAAAUCCUUUUUCUGCAGGAUCAGGGGUGGUAGAGAUCAAGAACAAGAAACACACUGUUACCCGUUCCGAAUCACCCCGUACUUGGUCCAUGUGUGUACUUCUGUCCAUAUGGAUGCAGAAUCCUGCUGCUUGGCUUUGGCUGAGAAAAUUCACUCUGGAUAUGAAGCUCCUCGAAUUCCUAUGGAUAAAAGAAUCUUCACCACCACUCACACCCCUGGAUGUGUUUUUCUGGACAUAGAUGACAGAGCAGUACCUUUGUUGGGUUACCUACCUCAAGAUUUAAUUGGAACAUCCAUGCUGAUGUAUUUGCACCCAGAAGAUCGUCCUUUGAUGAUUACUAUUCACCGGAAAAUUCUGAAAUUUGCUGGCCAACCCCCUUUUGAACAUUUGCCUAUUAGAUUUUGUACUCAAAAUGGGGAUUAUGUCACACUGGAUACCAGCUGGUCCAGUUUUGUGAAUCCUUGGAGCAGGAAGGUAGUGUUCAUCAUCGGCCGACACAAAGUCCGGACAAGCCCUCUGAAUGAGGAUGUUUUUGCUGCAAGAAGUAAAGAGAUGAGCAGUGUGGAGAAAGAGAUAAAAGAAUUGCAAGGACAAAUUUACAAACUGCUUCUGCAGCCAGUUCACAGCAAUGUUUCCAGUGGUUAUGGAAGCCUUGGAAGCAGUGGCUCUCAGGAGCACUAUAUCAGCAUAGCAUCUUCAAGUGAUUCCAAUGGCAAUUGUGCAGAGGAAGUACAGGAACCAAAGACACUGCAACAAGUUUGUGCCGAUGUCAACCGAAUAAAGAAUCUGGGGCAGCAGCUGUACAUCGCGUCCAGGAGCAGGCCCCAGGAUGGAAGUGAACAGGCUGUGAGCUCAGGAGUGCUAGAGGGGAAGAGGCACUCUGCUUCCUGUUUUCUCCCCACAUUGAGAAGUGAUAGCACAGAAGAACCAGGCAACAUGUUUUAUGAUGAUCCAAAGAAGAUUCAGCAUGUUCCUUCCUAUCAGCAGAUCAAUUGUGUUGAUAAUAUCAUCAGAUAUCUAGAGAGCUGCAGUAUUCCAGCAUUGAAAAGAAAAUGUAAAUCUUCUGCAAAUGCAUCAUCAUCAUCUUCAGAAGAUGACAAGCAGGUCCAGCAAAGUCAGCAGGUAGUCAAGGCAUUGGAAGAGACACUGAAAGAUGAGACAGCUGCAGGCACGGUGGGAGCUCCUCUGCCAGACCUGACCCUGUCUAACAAGGCUCCAAGUGUGGUGUCUGUCACCAGCCAGUGCAGUUACAGCAGCACUAUAGUGCACGUCCCACACCCUGAGUCAGAAGUGACUACAAUGGAGGAUGCUGCAGUUGGAAGCGAACAAAUUGAGCUGCCUCCUGUGAAUGCUCAGAGUCUUGGGAUGUUGCCUGAAGACGUAAAGCCAGUUGGGCUAACAAAAGAGACGUUAUCAGCCCACACUCAAAAGGAGGAGCAGAACUACGUUGACAAGUUCCGACAGAGGAUCUUGCUCUCUCCAUUUAGGACUUACCUUCAGCAAGGAAGCAGAAUUAACAACAGACAUUCCUGUGGCCAAGGAGAUUCCCCUUCAAAGCAGAUGAGCCCAGCUAACUGUAAAAAAGGCAAACGUGGAAAAUUCAAGCACCAGAAACCUCAGAGACAGUCCUCAGAUAUCCACUCUUCUAGUAAAAAUAGAAGUAGUCUUCCGUGUGAGAAGAGAAAAACUCAGAAUCAGUUGUUCUCUCCCUCAGAAGUGUCCUGUCUGAGCUCCUCCAGUCUGAAUGUCCAUCUUCCUAUGGGAUUUCCUGUCUAUUUGGAUCCACUGUCUGGUUUUCCAGCCUCUUCUGCAGGAGAAGAGCUCACCCUUCACCCAUUACAACCCGAGUUCAUGUCAUCGUCACAGCUACACUGCAAAGCACAGUCAUGCCCAGCCCUUUAUCCCCUCGACAUAGGCACAUUUAUGGCUGUAUUUUUUCAGAGUUUCCCCAUGUAUGCUCAGAUGCCUCAAAAUGUCUUUCUUCCUAGCCCUCAGUUUGUUUAUCCCUUCUCUUCAUAUCCAUGCACUACACUACCUCCAGCCCCUUCUCCUUCUGCUCCAUCACCAGUAGCACCCCACUCUGUGAAUCAGCCCUUUCCAGCCUCUUCACACACAGUCAUGGAGAGCCAGCAAGGAGGCCAGAGUGAGCAGGCUCUGCUGCUGAGCAGCUCACGGAGCAGCUCCCCACUUCAGCUGAAUUUGCUUCAAGAAGAGCUACCGAAACCUAUGGAGCUUUCCAUUAGUGCUGCUGUUAAACCACACGCAGAAGCGAAAUGUGACAAUGAUCCAGAAGAUAGCAGUAACAAUGCUUCUCGUGAAUUUCCUGACCAUUCACUGUACAAGGACUCCCAGUCGGGUACAGGUUCAGCUGUAUCAGGCAGUGGAUCAACUUUAUCUGAUUAUUUGGACUCUAGCUUCAAUGAAGCUUCUGAAGAGAGGAAUCAGGAAGCAGAAGAAAAAGGGACAGCUUAUAAAUUGAAACAUGAGUCAGCCUGGGUGAUGAUGGAUCACACACCUGAGCGAGUUCUAAUGAAUUACCAAAUGCCAAACAGGAUUAAAGAGGAGGUGUUAAAGCAGGACCUGGAGAAGUUGGCAGUCAUGCAGAAGCAGCAGCCUUGGUUUACGGAUGGGCAAAAGGAGGAGCUCGCAGAGGUGCAUACAUGGAUAAGGACCCAGACGGUUCCGCUGCAGAUCAGCACCCAGGGCUGUGUUACAUGUGACAGCAAGGAAGCAAGUUGUGAGGCUGCAGUGGCUGUUGACAAUAUGGAAAAGAAGGGAAAACUGCCUCCACUCCUGCAACACUGA